AUGUCAAAGAGGAAGAGAUACUCACUUAACCUUCCUGCGGCUUCGUUGUCGCCAAUACUGCCGAUAUACCCAUCAAAUGAUAGACAAGAUACUUCAAUGUCUCUUCCAGGGACACCAUUGUUAGAUUCUGCAAGGAACUUUUCAUCAGGCUCAUUAGGAUUGGGAAUAGAUGGGCUUAAUGACCCUCGAUCUAGUACUUCUCGACCUUCCUCUUUCUAUAGGAUAUCGUCAAAAAACUUAGCACAUUUGUCUAUGGAUUCUAUUCCAGCUGCAACAUCAACAAUCAAGUUAUUAUUGAUUGGUGAUGCUGGUGUUGGGAAAACUGCUAUGAUCAUGGCAUUUUUUGAAGAACUUCCCACGAAGGCUCAAUACAAAUUAAUGGAAGAGGUGUCGUCAACAGAUAGCCAAAAGAAACAAAACAGUGUUGAUUUUAAUCGAAUAUCAGCAUCAAAUAAAAAUAGGUUGCGGAAGAAAACAUCAUUACAAUCAAUGAGAAAGAGAUAUAGUUUAAAUGAUUAUGAAGAAUUAUUUAAUAAGAAAUCACCUACUAAUGACGACGUAGAUUUAUCCAGUAAAUUCUCAAAUAUAGAUGGAGAAGAAAAUAUAGGAGAUAAUGAUGAGCUUAUUAUAGAUACAUCCUCUACUAUCGGUAUUGAUAUUAAGACAACAACGAUUAGUAUUGACUAUAGGUUUUUUAAAUGUGUAACUUGGGACACCGCUGGUCAGGAAAGAUACAAAAAUGCCAUGUUACCAUCUUUAUUUAAAGGUUCAAAUGGGAUAUUCUUAACAUAUGAUAUCUGUGAUAAAGAAAGUUUUAGAAAUUGUUGUGAUCAUUGGCUAUCCGAUACAAUGAAGAAUUUAUCAAAAGAAGAUUUAUCUAGAACGAGAUUUUAUUUCAUAGGUAAUAAAUUGGAUGUAUAUAAAAAAAGGCAAGUUACCCAUGAAGAUGUAUUAGAAGCAAUGAAUGAAAUUGAAUUUAAAUACGAAAUCAAAAUUGCAGGUAAUUUUGAGGUAACUUGUAAAUGGCCAAACGUUGUAGAAAGAACAUUCAAUCUAAUAAUUAAAGAUCUAGUAGAAAAUGGUUGCUAUGACGAUAAAGAAGAAAAUAUCGAAGAAACUUUAAGAGAUUCAAAUGAAUCCGAUCGUUUUCUUAUUGGUGCUCAAACUGAGAAAAUUCAAGCUUUCAAGGAAAAACAAAACUCAAUGGAACCAAGUACAGGACCAAAAUUGGAAUCAGGAUCAGGAUCAGGAUCAGGAUCAGGAUCAGGAUCAGAACCCGAUCCAAAAGACAAUUAUUCUAAGGAUUCUAAAGUUUACAAUCCUAGUAUUAAGACAAAUUUGGGAAAAACAAACUCUCAAAUUAUUAAUAACUCUGAAGAAUACAAUGAUAUGGUUUCUGAAAGUGAUUCAGAUAACGAUCAUAUUUCUAAUGAUGAUUCACAUAUACGUAAUCGACAUAAAAAGAAGGAAAACAUGGAAACUGUGGAAACUGAUAACGAAAUAAGUAAUAAUAAUAAUAAUAAUAAUAAUAAUAAAAAUAAUGAUAUCGAUAAUUCUAAUAAUACAGAGGAGGAAAUAGAUAAAGUUUUCCCAAAAAAAGGUAAAAUCAUCGAUAUUACAAAACCAAAUAAGGACAAUAAUGGCAAUGACUGGAAUAUCUAUCCUUCAUGCUGUGCAUAA